AUAAUACAUAAAAAGGAGGAGGGAAGAAGCAAUCACCAAGUCGUUUGUCGCCGCGGGAGCAGACGCCCUGUCUUCAUCGUCAAACAACCCAAAAAAUUUCAUCAUAAUCUCAUUCAUUACUCAUUCUUUCUUUCGAUUCAAACUUUCAAUUUUUCAUUUUCAGCCAUGGAGAUGGAGUUACCUACUUCUUGGGAUUCUCUUCGAAAACAGGCAAGAAAACUUGAAGCUCAAUUGGACGAGCAGAUGAGUGCUUAUCGUAAAUUAGUUUCUACCAAUGUUUCAACAAAAGGUGACGCUACAGAGAGUGAUGUAGAGUCUUGGAUUGAGCGGUUAAUAAAUCAACUCCAACAAGUAAACUCACAGAUGCACGUUUUGGUAUCAUCUGGUGGUUCAGAUAUGGUUUCUCACACUUUGACUAGACACCAAGAAAUUCUUCAAGAUAUCACUCAGGAAUUUUACCGUCUUCGCUCAAGUCUUCGAGCUAAGAAAGAACACGCUUCUCUUUUAGACAAUUUUAAAGAAUUUGAUCGGACAAGAUUAGAUUUGGAAGACGGUGGCGAAUCUGAACAGCAUACACUACUAAAAGAGCAUGCAUCUAUCAGUCGAAAUACUGGACAUGUGGACAAUGUAAUUUCACAAGCACAAGCAACACUAGGGGCACUUGUCUUCCAGCGUUCAACAUUUGGUGGCAUCAAUUCAAAGCUCAGCAACGUGAGCAGUCGCCUCCCUACGGUAAAUAACAUACUCUCGUCAAUAAAGCGAAAAAAGUCAAUGGAUACCCUUAUACUUACCCUAGUUGCAUCUGUAUGCACAUUUCUGAUUUUGAUUUACUGGAUAACCAAAUGAGGUUGUAUACUUUGGUGGGUGCUCAACUUCUGUAAACCAUUUUGUGUUCCUUUGUUGGAUACCAUUAAUAGCUUUUGCAAUACUGAAACGAGUUUUUUUCAAGGUAGUGUUAUUGUAUGUGUUCAUUUGGUUGUUUAUCCUUGUAUCAGAAGCAAAUGCUGAGUAAAGAUAUACGAGCACAUGUUAAGACAAUUUGAGUCUAGUGCAAGUGAUUGAUGCGCAGUGUUGUAAAUUUUGGAUUUUAUCGUGGGUUUAGUACAUACUGAUAAUUGGUUUAAAA